AUGGCCAAAGACAAGAAAAACAAGCAGCAACUGAAGAAUCCAAAAGGCACACGAGACUGGUCUGGUGAAGAUGUUGCACUCCUGAAAGACAUCUUGCGACAAAUAUCUACCGUCUUCCGCAAACAUGGUGGUCAAGAGCUUGAUACACCUGUCUUUGAACUUCAAGAGGUGCUAAAGGGCAAAUAUGGGGAGGACUCAAAGCUCAUCUACGACGUGGCAGAUCAAGGUGGUGAACUACUGUCCCUACGAUACGACCUUACGGUUCCUUUCGCGCGGUGGCUGGCCAUGAACCCAAACAGUGACACGGACAACAGGUUUGCAAUAGGCAAGGUAUACCGUAGAGACCAGCCUGCGAUCGCAAAGGGACGCAUGAGGGAGUUCUGGCAAUGCGAUAUCGAUUUCAAUGGACCAAGCGAUCCUAUGGCCGUGGACAGCGAGAUUCUAGCUAUAGUCUGCGAAGUCUUCGAUGCCCUAGAAUGGAAAGGACAAUACACAAUCAAGAUCAACGACCGCCGAAUCCUCGACGGCCUCUUCGAAGUAUGCGGUGUCCCAACCGACAAACUACGAGCAAUCUCCAGCGCCGUAGACAAACUCGACAAAUCCCCCUGGUCCGAAGUCCGCAAAGAGAUGGUCGAAACAAAAGGUCUAGACCCCGACGUCGCCGACCGCAUCGAGAAAUACGUAACCAUGAAAGGCGGCAAAGGCGACUCCCAGACCGCCAGCGCCCUCCUCGAAACCCUUAAGGCCGACGAUAAACUCAUGUCCAACCCCAAAGCAAAAGAAGGCAUCACCAGCUUCGAAAAACUCAUGUCCUACCUCGAAGCCUGGAAGACUCUCGACCAAAUCUCAUUCGACCUCUCUCUCGCCCGCGGCCUAGACUACUACACCGGCAUCAUCUACGAAGUCAUCACCGAAGGCUCUCGCCCCACAAACCUCCCCCUCAACGGUACCAAAAAAUCCGACGAAGAGAAGAAAGACACCAAGAAAGCCAAAAACAUCGCCGACGAAGACGAAGACCGCUCCAACGAUCCCACCAUCGGCGUCGGCUCCAUCGCGGCCGGAGGCCGCUACGACAAUCUCGUCUCCCGCUUCUCUGAAAAAUCCGAAAUCCCCUGCGUCGGCGUCUCCUUCGGCGUCGACCGCAUCUUCAGCAUUACAAAAUCUCGUCUCUCCCAGGGGCAGAAAUUUACCUACGUCACAUCAACAUCAACAGACGUCUUCGUCAUGGCCUUUGGCGGAAAAGACUUUGACGGUGCCCUGAAGGAGCGGUAUGCUGUGAUCAAAACGCUUGGGGAAGCGGGGAUCAGUGCGAAGACAAUGCAUAAAGAGAAAGCGAAAUUACCUGCGCAGUUUAAGAAGGCGGAUUCGAAGGGGGCGAGGAUCGGGGUGAUUCUGGGGGAGGAUGAGAUUAGGAAUGGGCAGGUGAAGGUUAAGAUUAUGGGGUUGACGGAUGAUAGUGAUCCGAGGAAGGAGGGGAUUUUGAUUCCGAGGGGGGAUUUGGUGAAGGAGGUGAGUGGGAUGUUGAGGGAACUUGAUGGUGGUGAAGUCGAGGGAGUCACGAAGCAGAUGGAAGGAUUAGGAGUGGAUGCUGGUACGCGACAGAAGGUCACUUUGACCGAAGAGCAGAGAAAAGAAAUUAUUGAAAAGUUGAGCAAGGGCGAGACUGUUGAGGUUGGAGGUGUGCAAAUAUCGUAA